ACUUAUGCUAUAUGUAUGGUGCACAACUUCUUGACUGUAAUUCACCCACGUCUCCCUUUUUUUCUACAUUACUUACACUCUCAAUUUCUCUUCUGUUCUCAGUUCUCCGAGGUAGGUGCGUGAGUGUGUUUAAUUAUCAAAAAAUACGAUAAUUCUUAUUAGCCCAAAUCAUUUUACUUAACUGUACUUCAGACAGAGCUCAGCUUACUUAACUCCUAAUGAAGCUCUUCUGUCUGCUCAUUAUCCUAGUAAACUUCUUGCAAGCAUCUGAAACCAGACUAUCUACACAUAUACAAGAAAUCCUAUAUCAAUAUCAUCAUGUUCAACCAUGUUGAUAAAGGCAAGCAGCCAAUGUAUCCCUAUCAAUUAGUGUGGAUUCCACGUUGGCCGAUACUUGAAGAGAAAAAUCAGUUAUCUAAUUUUGUUGGACAUCACGCAUAUGAUCCCAGAAUAAAUCAAUGGCCUUCGCAGAAGAAUAAGGAGAUCAGCUCCGACAUAUCUGGAUCUGUCAAACCAUGUAUGAAGAUUAAUGCCAUAGAUUUUGGAAUAUUAAAGAACGACCAAGAAAUGAAUUCAAGGAACCAGAGAAGGGAUAGACCGGAAUUAUUUGACUCCACCAUAACCAAUUUUAUUUUGGAAAGUCAGCCUACUUCAAACAGUGAAUAUGUAUCCUCUCUACUUUCAUUGGCUCCUCCAGGAACUGAAUCUUCAUUUAUGGGUUCUCAUAUUCAGCAUCAGAGUGUUUCACAGUGCCCUACAGAGCUGGUGACUUCUCAUAAGAUUUUUGGUACCAGCUUAGGUUUUUCGGCACCUUUAUCGGAGGAUAUUCGUGGCACUUCAUCUCGUGUUUCACACCAAAUAUCUGACCUUGGAGAAAGAAAUAUUGGAUGUGUAACCAUUCCUAAAGCACCAUCCUUCCAGUUCAGAGUUGAAGAAAAUGACAACCAUGCAAGAUCCAUACCGUCAUCCAAAAGGAAAUUAUCAGAUACUAACAUCUUAAAAGUCGGGGAACAUGAAAAGCGUAAUGAUAGUUCUGGAGUUUUGUCAGAUAAUCGCUCUAGGAGAAAUAAUCUUCCACCAGCUUUUCAUGAACAACAAUACAACAACAUGAAUAACUUCUCUAGCAUCAAUAUGUUUUCUACUAGGGCUCCUGAAGCAAAUACAAUGAGAACACAUACUUCUGCAGAUAAUUUAGGCGGAUUCACUCCCAUAUAUCAGGUAAAUCAUACUUUUCCGGUCAUGGGAAAUACUGAUACUAAUUUGCAGAAGAAAGACGGAAAUUUUAGGGACUCAAAAGUUGUUACCCAAAUGCAAGAAAAUGUGCCCAAUAAAUGUUACAGCGUCCCACAACCUAUUGGUCAUGGCGGGCAAGGAGUCGAAUUUCUGGUGCUGUCAUCAGAUAGUGAAGGAAACAAUGCUGUUAAUGAUGUGAGAGCUACUGAAGUUGUUUCAAAGAAUGGAGCAGCUGAAACUCACACAGUGGAUAUGAAUAUUUUUAAGGAGAAACAUGUAUCUGGUUUGCCGUCUUCCUCGUCAAAAAAGAAUGUCAGUUCAUACAUGGAUUCACCGCAUCCUAAUCUUGCCACUGGAACGCCUGGCGUAAGAGUUCAAUCACAGAAACAUUCGGUCCCUGCAAUACCAGAUAUAAACAUACCGCUACCUGUGGAGCCGGGUGGAGCAAGUGUAGUGCACAAUGCAGAUCCAAGCACAUCAAAAUCUCGAAGUUUGGACAUGGAUUAUGUGCCAGAACAAAGCAGCAAUUGGCUUAAGCGUCUUAAGAUAUGUGAACCAUGUAACCGUUCUGUUGGUACAAAGAGCUUGAGUUUGGAUGAAACCACAACUAAUAAAGAAGCAAACCAGUUUGUUAGCAGGGGUGUAGGAGGUGAAACUUCCAACUCAGAACCAGUGCCUGUAUCUACUGGUAAAGAACUAAUGACUGUCGACAAGGUAACAACAACUCCACUAAAAGAUGUUGAUUCCCGUUCCAAUGAUAAUGCGGAUGGUAAUGAUGGCACAAACCGGCUACUUUCUUGGAUUCAGAGGUGGCAAAAACCUCCAACUGCAACUCCUAAGAAUAUGUCUGAGCCAGUUGUAAUUUGUGACCCACAAGCUUGUAAGGAAAGUCUUGAGGAGUUAGACAAUAAGCCACUUUUGAGCAUAGCUGCUAUGGCACUCUUAGGGAAGGGAUAUAGCGACGUAAAAUGUCAGUACCGGAAUGAGGGUACAUAUACAGUAUGGGAGUCAUAGAAUGUGCAAAACCAGUCCAAGCAAAUCUACAUGCUUGGAAAGCAGGGCAUUGUGUGCCCCGGGUUUUAUGAUGUCAACUGAAGAAGAAAAUAGCCAUAUGGUUGCUUUGCAAAUCAUCCGGCAGUUAAUGUACAUUAGUAAGUUUUGAGUUUUUGGCUUGCUUUUUGUUUUUGUGAGAUGACUUCGAAAGCCAGGUAUAUAAAUAAGUGAUAUGUAAAAUAGGGCUUUCUAGCUUGUUGCUGUAGAAGCCAUGCUUCAUGUAAUCUUGACUUGAGUGCUUGUAUAAUACUAAUAUGUUUCUGGAGUUUUAUCAAAUUUUGCUGUAUAUAUGUGCCUCCA